GCUUAUGUGAUAAACAGUUGAGACAUGAACAAGCAGACAGUUGACUUCUCUGUUAACUUCAACGGACCUUGACACAAUGGCACACAUGCUUGGAGCAUACAGUCUGCCGCCAGCAGACGCCACUGAGGAAACUCAGGAUCUUUGUGAUCAGGUGAAGCAGCAAGUGGAGAAAAAGACAGGAGUGAAUUAUGUGGAAUACAAAGCAGUUAAAUACAGGAGUGAAGUUGUGGCAGGAACAAACUUCCUCAUCAAGGUUCAUGUUGGAGGAGCGAACUACAUUCAUCUGGAAAUCUUCAGAGGUCUUCCGCAUAACGGAGGAAAGGUUUCUCUGACUAAAGUAAAGGAUCAUCAGACCAAAGACAGCCCCCUCCAACCUUUUUAGAAGCUGAUCCCAGAACCAGUCUCACCAGUAAAAUACUUCAAGGCUGCAGUCUCUUGUUAAAAUCUUCUGCUUCUUUAUUCUGAAAUGAUUUAACAUUGGCUUUGAAUGUUUUAACACUGAGAGAUGAAGAGAUUUGGUGGAAUGUACUAAGAUUAAAGCUUUUAAA